CGCAUCCCGACGCGCUGAGGAACAGGACGAGCAUUCAUUCACCAAACAGAAGUCGAAGCUUCUCAGUGAUUCUGCAGCAGCAGGAGGAGGAUUAGAGCUCUGCAAACGAACCAUGCACGGGAGGAUUCUCUAAAAUAAAAUAAAAAACUUCUCUAUCUGUGCCGAAAUCUCCUGAAACUGCGCUAAUUUCUGGAUUUCCGCUGGAUGCGUGGAGCGCGCUGGAGCGGUCCAGGGGUGUAGCCGCGGUGCGUGUUUCUUGCGCUGAGCCACGGUGGUGCAUGUGAGGGAGGCGGAGGAGGAGCAGCCGGAGUGGCCGAGCAGUCAGAAGGAUGCUGGAGGGCAAUGCCUGCAGAACGAGAGGAUGAGAUUUGUCAAAAGGCGCUGGAGCUGCUGUCCGACCUGUGCUCCAAGGGCGAGGUGCAGGACGACAACUGCCUGGAUUUCAUCUACUACUUCAGGGACCUGGCCAGACCCAGAUACAGCGACUCAGAUGUGUCGGUGAGCCUGCUGUCCCUGCUGGUGACCACCUGUGGCCUGGCCCUCUUCAGCGUCUCGCUCUUCGUAUCAUGGAAGCUCUGCUGGGUGCCGCUCAGCGGACGCUUUCUCCCCGACGUCCUCAAGGGGGCGCACUUCCUGGGAGGAGAUCAGCAGCCCGUCCUCACCGAGGUGGAUGGGGAGGAGAGGGAGUACAGCGAGGAUGGCUGUGUGAAGGAGCCCUCGGGGCCGCCGUCGGCUGUUGGCAUCCCAGAAUCGGGCCUGAAGAUCAGCCACACGUCGCCUGACAUCCCCCUGGAGACCCAGACCAAGGUGGAGAAGAACCAGGUCCACACUCUGGCCAGGGACCGGGUUCAGAGGCAGAUUACUGAGCCGACCUCCUCUGUACGGCACAACUCCAUCCGCCGACAGAUGAACUUGUCCAAUCCGGACUUCAACCCUGCUCAGUUCCAGCGUCAGGAGUCUCUGUCUGGUUUGGGUCGGAUCAAACCAGAACUCUACAAGCAGCGGUCGGUGGACGCAGAAGACGGCCGCCGGACCGACAGCUGUGGGCGUCUCCACUUCAUCCUCAAGUUCGACUUUGACCUGGAGCAGCUGAUCGUGAAGAUCCACAAGGCCCAGGACCUUCCUGCCAAGGACUUCUCAGGGACCUCCGAUCCUUACGUCAAGAUCUACCUGCUGCCUGACCGCAAAACCAAGCACCAGACCAAGGUGCACCGAAAGACACUCAACCCAGUGUUCGACGAGGUGUUUCUGUUUCCCGUGGCGUACGCCGAGCUCUCGAACCGGAAGCUGCACUUCAGCGUCUACGACUUUGACCGGUUCUCUCGGCACGAUUUGAUCGGCCAGGUGGUGGUGGACAACUUCCUGGAUCUGGCGGACUUUCCACGGGAGACAAAACUGUGCCGGGACAUUCAAUACGUGACUUCGGACAACGUGGACCUUGGAGAGCUGAUGUUCUCGCUGUGUUAUCUCCCCACUGCCGGCCGGCUCACCAUCACCAUGAUCAAAGCCAGAAAUCUCAAAGCCAUGGACAUCACUGGAGCUUCAGAUCCAUACGUAAAAGUGUCUUUGAUGUGUGAAGGCCGGAGGCUAAAGAAAAGAAAGACAUCAACGAAGCGUAACACUCUGAACCCGGUAUACAAUGAAGCCAUUGUGUUUGAUGUUCCGCCCGAGAACAUCGACCAGAUCAGCCUGCUUAUAGCCGUCAUGGACUACGAUCGGGUCGGACACAACGAGGUGAUCGGGGUGUGCAGGGUCGGCAACGAGGCCGAGAGUUUGGGCCGAGACCACUGGAGCGAGAUGCUGACGUACCCACGAAAACCCAUCGCACACUGGCACCCACUUAUAGAGUGGGUCGGACAAGGACCGACGGUUAGCGGCAGCCAAGGAGGAUCCACUAACUCCCUGAAGACACCUCCAUCACCAUGACCACACAUCAAACACUCACUCUAAAGAGGCUCAGGGUGGUAGAAAGAUGGACGAGGGACCAACAGAAGGUCCUACGUAGACCUUAAAGCAGACUAACCAUCGGUAGAUCCAUCAGCUAGCAGCCAUCACUCCAACUGAUGCGUCAUUAGACUGAGCUUUAGUGCUAAGACUGUUGCAGAGGCUAACACUCACUUCUUACUUCCUCUUGUGUCUUCACAACCAAAACUAACUACAUUCCAAGUGAACUACUACUUUCGUUUGUGAUAGUGAGCCGUUUACUGACAGUAUUAACAGGUUAACAGGCCCAGCUUUUGUUCUUCUUUUUUACUUUUAAGCAAAAUCGCAGUUUGUGGACCAAAAUCAUUUAUUUUUAGGCGACCGUGUGGAGCUGUAACUGUGUGAGUGAUCCGCUAUCAUACACAAAGUGUUUGCUCAGUAGUAAGAGUUAGAAACGACAUGGUUCAGGACUCUUUUGGACAUUUUUGCAUUGGUUUAACAGUUGGUGUUGGAUGGUUUUGUGGCAGAACAUUUCCGGUAAAGAUGUAAACGGAAGAAUAAAACAGCUGAAGUGUUUUAUUAAGUGCAUGUUAAAUUGUAAUACUUUGUUAGCAGGGUGUGGUCAAAAUAAAGGAAACACAAGCGGAAUAGUUGUCAUUAUUGGCUGUUCUGGCAAAAAGGGCGGCUGGUUCUUAUUCUCUGAGGCAGACUGAUGAAGAUUUUGAGUGAUUCUUUUGUUUUUUUUACAACGUGAAUGGUAAUUUUUUUGCAGUUUGGACAUCAUUUGUGAUGGUAAUCGAGGUCGUUUUCUUCUCCGGGAACUCUCAGGCCAUCUUAGGACGACCUCAACCUUCUUACUCAUCUUCUGACUACUAGAACCAACCCUGUAGAAAGACUUUCAGAGCCGUUUUCAUGGUUGAACAAGCUCAUAAUUCAGGGUGCGAUCUUCAGAUCGUCCUGAAAAACUCCUGCACAGGUUUUGAUGGUGAUUGGUUGGACUCAGAGAAGACCAACACUGAUUGGUUGAAGUCAGGAAGUGACAGAAGCUAACAUAACAACUAGAAUUACGUCCAGUGACCACAGUUUGUCAUUAAUUCAGCCAAUGCUAGGCAGUAUUAUCAAUCAAUAACCCAAUAAUCGUUAAGAUAAAUAAUUAUACAAUGGAAAUUAGUUAACAUGCUACUAGAGCUACUUUUUAAUCAGACAUUCACCACAAAGGUUGCUCGCUUACAUUAGCUGCUUAAUUUAAGGAAUACUGUCCGUCUAGGCUACCUGGAAUCCAUUCAGCAUCACAGAAAUCUUUGUCAUGGUGCCCCUUGCUAGCUAAACUCCCACAAUGCUUUCUGCUUCAGUGAGCUUCGUCUUGUCUCUACAGUAUUAACCCUCCUGUUGUCCUCAUUUACAGGCACCAAAAAAUAUUGUUUCCUCGUCUGUAAAAAAUCCAAAAAUUCAUCAAAAAAAUUCCCAAAUUUCUGAAAAUUUGCAAAACAUUCAGGAAGAAAAUUCCAAUAAUUCCUUAAAAGUUUCCCUUUAAAGUUUUAUUUUUUUUAAAAAAUCCCCCAAAUUUGGCAAGAAAAUUCUUGUAAAUAUUUUCAAAAAAUGAGUAAAAAUCUUCCCAAAAAAUCCUAAAAAUAUCUAAAGUGAUUCCAUAUAUAUCAGUAAAACUUUUAAAAUCCAGCAAAAUUCGCUGGAUUUUGGUUGAUUUUUAUGUGAAUGUUCUUCAGAAACAUUUUUAACAUUUUGUUUCCACCAAAAAAUGUUCAAAGAUUUCCCAAAAAUGUGGAAACUGUGGACAUUAGAGGUUUCACUGUGAAAAUAUAUUUUUUUUUCCACAUUUUCAAAGUUUUAACCGGGUCAAUUUUGACCUGCAGGACGACACGAGGGUUAAAAAGUAAGAUGCUCCACCUGGUGGAACAACCAGGUACUACAGCGGAUCUACGUUUCCUGACAUGCACGACCUUCUUCUUUUUCUGCCUUCUUGAUGAAUAUAUUUUUAAUCGGUUAAAAAAUUAAUAGAAAUGAAUCAAUGAACAGUCAGUCAGCUAAGCUCCUGCAACAUAAUGGAAUUGGAAAUUCUGAAACAGCCAAUUGCGUAACUUGUUUUGUAAAAGUUAGCGCCAUCUUGUGCCUGCAGUGGGAAGUCAGGAAUUCAAUCACUGCUCUUAUGCUGAAAGAAUUUUUAGCAUUUUAGUUAUUCUGAUGCAAACUGAGAACAAAACGGUCUAAAAAAAUAGUAUUAAAUAAUACGACUUAUUACUAGAUUUUAGCGACAAAGUACUAGAUUAUAAUGUAGGACAUGUUUGGGUUUAGGUUGUACUUAAAGCUGCAUUAAUUGAUUUUUUUUUUGUCCUCGGGGGAAGCUUUUCUUUUUACACAUCCAGCAGAUAAAGACCAACACUAUCAGUCCUCUUUUAAUGAUCAAGCUACCCAUCGUUCCUUUGGGAUAUAUCUGUUAUUUUUCGAGAUAAAUGCCGGAAAUGUGCCAUUCAGGGCUGGGCAGGAAGCAUGAGUAUCCCAAACAAUGAGCUAAAAUGAAGAGAAACUACAGAGUUUAGUGGUUAUUUUCACAUUUCCAUACAUUUUUUAUGUGGUAGCGCUGCAUGUUGAUAGAAAAAUAUCAAUUAGCGCAGCUUUAAGUGUUGCAGAUCCCUUCAGAAAUUCAGUUAAUGAAAUUACGCGCCGCUGAUUGACGUGCACUGAAGAUUUUACAGCCCCUGAGGGUGGAUGCUAGCACAAAGGUGAAUGCUGAAAAGGUGUGAUUCAUGAGUGCCAGUUUUCCAAUGAGCUCACUUUGAUUUUACCAAUUAAAUCCAGAUAUUCUGAAUGAACUGCAUCAGCUCAAGUACUGAUGAGAACCAAAUCUGCAAAAAAAGAACUGAUAUUUAAGUAAACUGCUGUAGAAUGAUUGUUUUAAGUGAUGUUAACUGCACAAAAACUACACCUGCAAACUGAUGGGGAAACCUUUGUGCCUUCAAGAUGGAGGCUUUGCCAUUAUAGUGUAGACGGCUUCUAUUUAGACAGAAUUUAAUAUACAAUAAAGGUUUUAUUCCUUCCCUUUGCAGCGAUUUGAGCUGCCCUGAGCCUCCAUAAUGAAUCUGAAAGCCGUGUUCUUUAAUCUGGACCACACCCUGCAGCUGUUUUACUAAACCAGUGUUUGUUUUUUGAAAAAAAUUCUGAUUAAUGCCAGUAUUGUUUCUGUCUUUGUGUUGGACACUGUCACAGAUAACAGUUUGUGUUUGUAGGUACGAUGCAUGCAUCAUUUUUUCUGGAGUCAUAUUUAAAACAUGUUUUUUUCUUUUUGUUGUGAGAUACUAAUCAUGCUGUAAACACGAGAUGUAUUCUGAACCUUAAGGCAGACUGUGUAAAUUGUCCAUUCAGAUGUUAUUAAUAAAUAUUUCUAUACAUAGUU